CCUUAAAAGAAAAUUAAAUUAAAGGUUACAAAAACUGGCAUUGCAUUUUCACUGGAGUAAGGGUAUGAUAGGUUGCAGGUUUCUGUUCAGAGUCGAUCGAGUUCUCAGAGUUACCAACACAUACGUUUCAUCAAACCCUACUUCACACUUUCAGGGACAGAGAACUUAUUAUGGUUUAAGCAGUGAUUUUAUAAUGAGUGGUAGAAAAAAGAAAGUUUGUAUUGAUCACAAUAUCAAAUCUAUCUGGAGACCUAUUGCAACUAAUGCUACUUCUUCUGAAGAAAGCUCAAUAGCGGCUGCGACAGUUGAAUCAGGCGUAGCUGCCGAUGAAAAUACAGAAUCAGGUACUAGUUCUGGCCAAUUGAAGGGUAAUGUUGAAAACAAAGUGCUAGAAGGAGAUUCAUCUCUCUCCACUCAAAAGCAUUCCAUUUCUGUUCAGGUUGGUGCUUCUCUAUUUCGUUUUAUUAAAGGAAAAGGGGGAUACACACAAAAGAAGAUAGAAGAGGAGACAAAGGUUAAGAUAAUAUUUCCUUCUUCAAAAGAAGAUGAGUGUAUUACCAUUGAAGGCAUUUCAAUAGAUAGUGUGACUUCAGCUUCAGAGAAGAUUCAUGCAAUAAUUGAUGAGACAGUUAAGAGUCGAAAUCUUGAUUAUUCUCAUUUCAUAUCCCUUCCAUUGGCCAUCCAUCCCGAGUUAGUUUCUAAACUAAUCAAUUUUCAAAACACUAUUUUGGGAAAUGACGAUUCUUGCAUAGAUGAGAAUCUUGACACUGACUCCUCCAAUGAGGCUGAGGAUACUACUGAUAACAAAGAAGGGGAUCAACCGUCAAAAGAAAUUGCUGAUGUUGCAGUUGAACUUAAAGUUGAUGAUGACAGUAAAUCAGUUAAAGUUAAUUAUACUAACAUACCACUAGUCAGUUACGCACCUAAAGCAUCCAAGGCUUCCACAUCAUCUGACUUGGGGAUUGACAAAUCUAUAUUCAUUAAGCCUAAGACGUUUCACCUUACAGUACUAAUGCUUAAGCUGUGGAAUAAAGACAGAGUUAAGACAGCAACAGAGGUCUUGCAGAGUAUUUCCUCAAAAGUUAUGGAAGCACUGGAUAAUCGUCCUGUCUCAAUAGGAUUAAAGGGACUGGAAUGCAUGAAAGGUUCAAUGGCCAAAGCUCGUGUCCUGUAUGCUCCGGUGGAAGAAAUUGGCAGCGAGGGCCGUCUUUUGCGUGCCUGCCAAGUCUUAAUUGACGCAUACAUUGAAGCUGGACUAGUCUUGGAGAAUGACACUAAACAAACACUGAAGAUGCACGCCACUGUGAUGAAUUCAAGGCAUAGGAAAAGGACAAAGUGGAAGAGAAAUAAUGUUGACUCUUUCGAUGCACGGGGCAUAUUCGAGAAGUAUGGAUCAGAGGACUGGGGGCAGUAUCUUAUUCGUGAAGCUCAUCUUUCGAAGAGAUUUUCAUUUGAUGAAAAGGGGUACUAUCAUUGCUGUGCUUCGAUACCUUUUCCUGAAAACAUACAGGCAGAGUGAGUGAUUGAUAUCUUGUUCAUUACUCUGCCUCCGUUUCUCCUUUGUGGAAUAAGGAAUUAUGGGAGUUGCUUCUCAAAAUCUUUAAGCUUAUCUAGUAGCUAAUGUAAAUGCUCGUUGACACCAACUUGGAUAGCAUAACUAGAAAAAAUGGAUAUUAGUAAUGCAUGGGAUUUAAUCGAUUUUCUGUGUAAAAUGUUUUGCUUGACUUUUGACAUGGUUUCUUGUAGAGCUCGACCGACUUCUUAAUUGUUGUGUCCAUGCCUGUAUUUUUUUUCUUUCAUGAAUGUGGUUAACUAGUUAUUCUAAUGUGUGAAAUGACGAAUGUUUCUUGUUCUUUC